UGAACAGAAAGUGCGAUGGCAGCUUGUUCGUCUACAGAAGAAAAGUCGAUGCAGUAUUAUUUAUAUCCACCUCCGAUCGCUAGAUAUGAAGAUGUUGUAGUUAAUCAAAAGCUCUUCAUGGAUACUCUUGGCAACUUUCAUGCAGCAAUGGGGACGAAAUUCAUGAUUCCUAUUGUUGGUGGGAAGGAUUUAGACUUGCAUCGCCUCUUUGUGGAAGUCACUUCACGUGGUGGCAUUAAGAGGGUUUUGGGAGAGAAGAAGUGGAGGGAAGUGACAAAUUCUUUCAAUUUUCCACCUUCGGCUACAAAUGCGUCUUUUAUCCUAAGAAAAUAUUAUAUGUCACUCAUUCACCAUUUUGAACAAGUUUAUUACUUUAAGGCGAAAGCAUGGACACCUGUUUCUACCGAUAUUUGGCAGAGUACAAAGUCUAGAAUGACUUUGCCUUUUACUCAAUUUCAAAUGGAUCGGAGGUCUCCAUAUGCAGAAACUCAAGUGACACAGAUGAAGAGACAAAGGACUACUAUAGAGGACUCAUUGCCUAAAGCUUCUUCAGAACCGUCAAUCGGCUUCCCGGUGACCGGAAUAAUCGACGGAAAAUUUGAGAGUGGUUAUCUUUGCACCGUCAUGAUAGGCGGAGAGCAGCUACAAGGCGUUCUUUUUCAGUCAACAGGAGACUCGUCAUAUCAAGCAACUCAAACUCCAACUUCAACCGGAAUUGCAAAUCCACCGUCAACAACCGGCAGGCGGCGGCGCCGGAAGAAAUCCGAGAUGAAGAAACGGGAUCCCGCUCAUCCGAAACCGAAUAGAAGUGGGUAUAAUUUCUUUUUCGCCGAACAACACGCCAGACUCAAACCACUUCACCCCGGAAAAGAUCGAGACAUCAGUAGAAUGAUCGGCGAACUUUGGAACAAUUUAACGGAAUCCAAGAAAUCGGUUUACCAAGAAAAAGCGAUGGAAGAUAAAGAACGAUAUAGAAUCGAAAUGGAGCAUUACAGGGAGAGUUUAAAAACGGGAAGAGUCAUAACCAAUGCAGUCCCGUUGCUGCAACAGCCGUUUACCGGUGGCGGAGCCUCUCCUGAAACUCCCGAAAACGAGCUUACGUCUGCCUGUAGUGACAAAAGCAGCUUCGAAAAUGAAGCAAAAACUGCAGAUAAUGACUCAAUUUCCGGCCUACCUCCGCCAGUAGCAGAAAUUGUGACGGAAAUUAGAGAUGAAGAACGCCGAAGGGACGUUGUAAUGGACCCGAAAGCUGGGAGUUUGCUUGUCGGAGAGUCAGAUAAACCUAAAUCUGUGUCUGAAUCAAAACAUGCUGGGAAAAGUUAUUGUGAUAAAGAUGAAAAUGAGUCAAAAAACGAGUUUGGAGGAACAGUUGAAUGUAGGCCUUUGAAAGAAUCGGUAGGUAUAAACGAGAAUCUUGAUGAAGAACCAGAUGUUUUCCGGGAAGACAUUUCAAUGGCGAGGGGUGAUGGGGUUCAAAACGAAGCAAUGGCUGCUAAUUCUGAAUCACUGCCUCUUGAAGGAAGAGGGGCAGCGGCAAAUGAUUGAAGAUUCCUUAGCAUAUUGUUUUUUUCGCGAAAUUGUAGUUAUUAGAUAUUGUAGAACGUAGAUUUCUUGAAGAAAAUUGCUUUAGAGAUGUUAAUACCUUGUUGUAGAUUCUAUAAUUGUUUCGUUUAAUGUUGUGAUUAAUUCUGCAUGCUUUUACCGUAA